UCUGUCCAGUUGUUUAGUGCUUGUUCGUUCGCUAAUAAAGAAAAGCAAGUCAAGCAUCUCUCUCCCGAAUCCUCUCAAGUCUCAGCUCCUUUCCCCGGGCCGGUGGUCGCCGGCGACUCUCUCCACCUUCAGCUUCAGCUUCAGCUCCGGGAGAGAUGGCCGCUUCGGCGGUUUUGGCUGUGCUGUUGGCGUCCGCCCUGGCGGGUGCUGCUGCCGGCGGCGACAUUGUACACCAGGACGACCAGGUCCCCAAGAUCCCCGGCUGCUCCAACGACUUCGUCCUUGUGAAAGUACAAAGUUGGAUCAAUGGUAAGGAAGGUGAUGAGUAUGUUGGCGUCGGUGCUCGCUUUGGUCCCAAGAUAGUGUCCAAGGAAAAACACGCAAAUCGAACUAUACUUACCUUGGCAGAACCGAUUGAUUGCUGCACUCCUCAAAAAUACAAGGUUUCCGGUGGUGUUCUUUUAGUUCAAAGGGGGAAAUGCAAGUUCACAAAAAAAGCAAAGCUCGCUGAAGCUGCUGGUGCUUCUGGCAUGCUAAUCAUAAACCAUGGGCACGAGCUCUACAAGAUGGUCUGUGAAAAGAACGAAACAGAGCUUGAUAUACACAUACCUGCAGUUCUUUUGCCAAAUGAUGCUGGAGUCGAUUUACAUUCGUUUCUUACAACUGGUAAAUCAGUUUCUGUGCAGCUAUACUCUCCAGAUCGUCCUGUAGUCGAUACAGCAGAGGUGUUCCUUUGGCUCAUGGCUGUUGGCACUGUCCUUUGUGCAUCAUACUGGUCAGCAUGGAGUGCUAGAGAAGCCGUUAGUGAACAGGAGAAGCUUCUGAAGGAUGGACAUGAAGUCUCACUGAAUGUUGAGGGUGGAGUUACUAGUGGCAUGAUAGACAUCAAUGUGAUAUCAGCGAUAAUGUUUGUUGUGAUUGCAUCAUGCUUCUUACUGAUGCUUUACAAGCUGAUGUCCGCCUGGUUUGUUGAUCUACUAGUGGUAAUCUUCUGCAUCGGCGGUGUAGAGGGUCUGCAAACAUGUUUGGUGGCUCUAUUAUCAAGAUGGUUUAAACCUGCCGCAGAAUCUUUUGUGAAAGUACCGUUCUUUGGAGCUAUUUCAUACCUUACGAUCGCAGUAUCCCCAUUUUGCAUUGUGUUUGCUGUUCUAUGGGCUGUUUUUCGCCAGUUUGCCUAUGCUUGGAUUGGGCAAGAUAUUCUUGGUAUUGCUCUGAUAGUUACCGUUAUCCAAAUUGUUAGAGUACCUAACCUCAAGGUUGGUUCAGUUCUUCUCAGCUGUGCUUUCUUGUAUGACAUCUUCUGGGUGUUUGUCUCCAAAAGGUGGUUUCAUGAGAGUGUGAUGAUUGCGGUUGCACGUGGUGAUAGAACUGAUGAAGAUGGUGUGCCCAUGUUGCUAAAAAUCCCACGGUUGUUUGAUCCAUGGGGUGGAUACAGUAUCAUUGGCUUCGGCGACAUUCUUCUUCCUGGGCUGUUGGUUGCAUUCGCAUUAAGAUAUGAUUGGACUGCCAAGAAAAGCUUACGGUCUGGUUACUUUCUGUGGUCAGCUUUGGCCUAUGGUACUGGACUUCUUAUAACAUACGUUGCAUUGAACCUUAUGGAUGGGCAUGGACAACCCGCUCUGCUCUACAUUGUGCCUUUCACACUGGGCACGUUGAUAUUGCUUGGGUGGAAGAGAAGGGAGCUGCGGAACCUGUGGUUCAAGGGAGAGCCAGAGAGGGUGUGCACGCAUAUGCAUAUGAAUAUGAUGCAGCCUCAGCUGAAGAAUAUAUCUGGGACCGGGUCGUCGUCUUCUUCCUCGUAGAUGUUUGGCAGCUGCUGCAUUUGUGCCGCUAGGAAGGAGGAAGUAGUAUAUAAUCUUGAUCAUGUUCCUAACAUGGAAAACGAAUUGAAUUUAGUGGCUGGUAAAUAAAUGAUGUAUCAUGUCCUAGUUUUUGUUUUAGACUGCCUGUAAUGUAGCUUCAGGCCCUUAAGGAGUAGUCAGGAGUUGUCUGUCAUAAUCUACUUUCUAUAUGUUAAGUAAUGGUCAUGAUCGACCCUGUAAAUGACAUUUUUUCCUUGUCAUGAUAUAGCUAGGGUUUACUUUGCUGCGAUGCAGGCAAUAAAUAGAUAGAUUUCGGGCAUGGUC